CUCUUUGGCCAUGUUGCAGAUUGCCUGGGCGACUUCAUGGAGAAGCAAAAAAUCAAGGAUAAAAAACUCCCUGUGGGAUUUACGUUCUCCUUCCCCUGUGCCCAGUCCAAACUCGACGAGGCGGUCUUAAUAACGUGGACAAAGAAGUUUAAAGUCAGCGGUGUAGAAGGAAUGGAUGUUGUGAGUCUUCUCAACAAGGCCAUCAAGAAGCGAGGCGACUAUGAUGCCGACAUCAUGGCGGUGGUGAAUGACACAGUUGGCACCAUGAUGACCUGCGGAUUUGACGAUCAGCGCUGUGAAGUCGGCAUCAUUAUAGGGACGGGAACAAACGCCUGCUACAUGGAGGAACUGCGUCACAUUGACCAGGUGGAAGGAGACGAAGGCCGCAUGUGCAUCAACACCGAGUGGGGUGCCUUCGGGGAUGACGGGUCCCUGGAGGACAUUCGCACAGAGUUUGACCGUGAGAUCGACAGGGGCUCCAUCAACCCCGGGAAACAGCUGUAAGACGGUCCUUCACUGCU